AUGAAUAACAGGCUCUUGGAUUUGUUCCUGAUCAACGUGUUGACAUGUGGGCUGGAGAUAUGCAUGGCCACCAGCACCUCCUACGUUCCCCCCAUGCUCCUGAAGGCUGGAGUGCAGGAACGCUUCAUGACCAUGGUGCUUGGUGCGGGCCCUGUACUGUGUUUAAUACUCACCGUUCCACUCGGGUCAGCGAGUGACAGAUGCAGCAGUCGUUAUGGCCGCCGGCGUCCCUUCAUCUGGACCCUGUGUGUUGGCAUGCUGCUCAGCCUUGUGGUUAUUCCACGUGUUUCUCAGAUCGUCUCUAUAUUCUCUGAACAGCAUCAGCGUUUGUUGAAGGUUCUUCUGUUGGUGUUGUCCAUCUGCAUAUUACAGUUCUGCUGUCAGGCCUGCUUCACCCUUCUGGAGGCACUGGUGUCUGAUCUCUACCCCAAAGAAGAGGAGAACCGUCAGGCGUUCUCUAUUUACACCAUCAUGCUCAGCCUGGGAGGAUGCAUUGGGUAUCUGCUCCCAGCUGUGGACUGGACAGGCCUUUUUGUGUCCUCUUACCUGGGAGGCCAGGAGGCCUUCAUCUUCACUCUCCUCACUGGGCUCUUCCUCUUAUGCAUCAUGCCCACAGUCUUGGUUUCAGAAGCGCAGAUGGCUAAAGUGGUGAUGGAACCAUUCAGUGGAUCUCCACACUUGUACAGCGAGUGCUGUUGGCCGCUUGGGUUGUUCUCCAGAGCGCAGAUACUGAAGCGUGCCAUUUUCGGUCUGUUCACAGUCAUACCCAGACUCUGGUCACUGUGCAGUCACAUUCCCAGGGUGAUGGCUAGACUGUUUGUGGCCGAGCUGUGCAACUGGUUGGCUCUGAUGACGUUUUUGCUCUUUUAUACGGACUUUGUAGGGGAGGGAUUGUACAACGGUGUGCCCAGUGCUCAGCCAGGCUCUCCAGAGAGACUUCGCUAUGAAGAAGGUGUGCGUGUGGCUAGUAUCGGCCUGUUCCUGCAGUGUGUGACCUCAGUGACCUGCUCUAUACUGAUGGAGCGGAUGGCGGCGUGUGUUGGUUCACGUAUACUCUACCUGAGUAGCUUGGUACUGCUGGCGUUUAGCCUGGCUGUAAUGACCAUCUCUAAGAACGUCAUCCUGGUGACUGUGAUGACUGCGAUGACGGGUUACGCCUUCUGUACUAUACAUAUCCUGCCGUACACACUCACCUGUCUUUACCACUCACACAAGCAGGUCUUCUUUUCCGGUAGUAGACCCAAACCCCAGUCCAGCAAAGGUGACCUGGUUGAAUCAGCUCAUAAGCAGAUUUUUGUCAUGCACCAAAAGACAAACGGGUGUUUGAAUGGCCAUGCUGCAGUACCCUACAUGACCAAAACCAUGGUUUCCUUGUCAAUCGAUCCCAAUGUUUCCCUGGACAUGAGCACAUCCCCCGACUCCUCCAAGCCUCAGAGAGGAAUGUGUCUGGACAUCGCCAUCAUGGACAGUGCAUAUUUCCUGUCACAGAUCGUGCUGUCGCUCUUUGUGGGCUCUAUCGUGGAGCUUUUCAGCAGUGUCACAGCAUACAUGGUGUGUGCUUUGGUCUUCAGUCUGUUUGCCAUCGUUUUCGGCAACAGAAUCGUUUUCACUGGGCAAGAAAUGGAAAUGCUAAAGUGA